CCCCGCAGCAUCGGUGAGAACAUCCAGCUGCUGGUGGACCGGCCCGAUGGCACCUACUGCUUCCGCCUGCACCACGACUGCAUCUACUACCUGAGCGACAAGCUACUGAAGGUGGCAGCGAGUGUCCCCUAGGAGAGCCUGAUGGCACUGGGUACCUGCUUUGGGAAGUUCACUAAGACGCAGAAGUUCCAGCUCAGUGUCACCACUCUGGACUUCCUCGCACCCUACACCAAGUACAAGGUGUGGGUAAAGCCUGGCUCGGAGCAAUCCUUCCUCUAUGGCAACCAUGUCCUGAAGUCAGGCCUGGGCUGCAUCACAGAGAACAUAGCCCAGUACCAGGGCAUGGUGGUGUACUCCAUGGCCGACAUCCCACUAGGCUUUAGGGUGGCUGCUAAGUCUAUGCAGGAGUGCCAGAAGGUGGACCUCAUGGCUAUCAUGGUGUUCUACCAGGCUGACGUUGGGGAAUACGUGUGGAGCGAGGACACCCCGACACAAGGGAACUCCAGUGCUUUGAAGACACAAGUGUUCCUGGGCAGAACAGACCUUGUCCUGCACUAUCAGUGCAGAAGCAUCACAGAGAGCUGCAGAGAGCACACUGCAGGGGGUGAAAGGGCUGGGAGCCAUAGGCACAUAGCCCCACGUCCCCGGGGGACUGCUACCUAUGUCACUGUCACUGCCUUCCUGGGGCAGCAUGAUGCACUGCGGUAA